AUUUCUCUACAUUUCCAACAAUAUUCAUUCGAAAUGAUACUCCAAUUCUGGUUUGUGACGUUUUCCGUGCUGUUCGCAGCUCGUGCCGAUGAAAAUCACUCAAUAUUGAUCAAACUGAACGAUCUGGACCACCGCUUCACGCAAAUGUUCAGCCAGCAAUUUUACCGACACACCCGGGAAGUAACGGAUCGAGUCUCGGCAUUGAAGGCUUCCAUCGACACCAAUCUGCUGGAACUGGACCAGCAGAUUCAGCAAGCGCUGGAUGGCAUUCAAUCCAACGAAUCGUCGUCAUCAACUUCGGCAACGAAAUCUUCCGGACUAACAACCAUACCGAUUGGAUCCGAGCCUAGGGUUCCGGCUCUGUACGAACGGGAGCGCUACGGAGGAGAUUGGCUGGUCGUGAUGCAUCGGUAUGAUGGCUCCGUGAAGUUCGAUCGCACUUGGGCCGAGUAUCGGGAUGGGUUCGGAAUGGUUGGGCAGGAGUUUUGGUACGGACUGGAGCGACUGCAUCAGUUGACCAAGGAGAAAUCGUACGAACUGAUGGUUGAGAUGGAGGACUUCAAUGGGAACUUGAAGUAUGCUUGGUAUGAUAAGUUUGUGGUGGGCCCCGAGGAACAACGUUACGCUUUGGUCGAGUUGGGGACGUUCAAUGGAACGACAGAUGGGGAUUCCUUGAAGCCUCAUAAAGGAUCGGGAUUCUCGACGUACGACAAUGAUGAUUUUGGUUGCUCGAACAAGUACGCCAAAGGAGGAUGGUGGUAUUACAGUGGAAAGUGUUACGGAUCGAGCCUUACUGGUAUUUGGAAAAACGAACUUGCUUACUCAUCUAUAGUUUGGGUGAAGUUCUCCGAUGUUUCCAACACGCCGUUGAAGCUUGUAAGAAUGAUGAUACGACCGAAAAAUUGAAUCGACACUUGAUCUUUUCUAAUCCACGAAAAAUAAAAUGUUUGAAAACAUUAAAAAUAUAA